CCCGAAGCAUUCCGAUUAUUAUUCUCGAUUGUCUUUCUCGAAUCUAAUGCUUCGAGUAAUCGAGUUAUCCAAUUCGAACAUCCAUUAUCCGAAUAAAAUCUGAUUCGCUUAUAAGAUAUCCAAAGCAAACAUUGAGCAGCCGAAGAGUCUGUAUGUGUGCGUAUUGGUGUGCAUGCAAUUCGACAUUCUUGCGUUUCUCUCGCUAUCGAAUUUGAGGUUAUGUGCUGGUCACCGCCGGUGGAGAGGUUAUGUCCGGCAGUGGUGUCACGCGUUGAACGAUGAACAAGUUGUUGUCUACAUCGAUUAAGGAAGUCAGUCAGAAGAUUUACGAUGGUGCGGUGCGACCAUCCGAGAUUUGUAGAGCUUCCAUUAAGUUAACUUCACUCGUCAAGCCUUUAAAUGCGUAUAUUACUGUGACAAGCGACGUUGCGGGUAAACAGGCUAGCGAUGCCGAGCGAGCAACGGCAAAAUUCUUUGCUGGACAACUUGACGGCAUUCCAAUCGCUAUAAAAGAUAAUUAUUGUGUCAAGGAGAAACCUACGACUUGUGCCUCUCGGAUGUUAGCCAAUUUUUCGCCCGCUUACGAUGCCACGGUCUACGAGAGGCUCAGGAAGCAGGGAGUUGUCUUGAUGGGUAAGACUAAUCUCGACGAGUUCGCCAUGGGCUCGGGCACCGUGGACUCCUUUUACGGACCAACAAAGAAUUUAUGGGGCUCGGAGAUGUUGUCAGAGUUUUAUUCCUGUGAGCGCGACGGUCCAUCGGUAACCACAUGGCAGCCGCAUGAAAGAGAUGCAUGGCGCAUAGCAGGUGGCAGUAGUGGAGGUUCCGCAGUUGCAGUAGCUACAGGUACCUGUUACGCGGCGUUGGGCUCCGAUACUGGUGGUUCUACUCGCAACCCUGCAUCUUAUUGCGGUCUAAUCGGUCUGAAACCGACUUACGGUUUGGUGUCGCGUUACGGUCUUAUCCCUCUGCUGAAUUCCAUGGAUGUGCCUGGUAUUCUCGCGAGGACAGUAGACGACAGCAUAUUAAUCUUGAACGCUAUCGCCGUACCGACCCCGCAGAUCCGACUACUGUGCAACGAGAGUAUACUCCAAUCAACUUGCCCCGAAACGAUCAAUGUUAGCAAUCUCAGGAUUGGCAUACCAAAAGAAUACGGAGUGCAGGGUAUAAGCGAGGAGAUUCAGGCGUGUUGGCAAGAGGUCUCUCGUCAUUUAGAAGAAGCUGGAGCCAGCGUUGUCCCAGUGUCACUACCUCACACAGAUUACUCUAUAGUAUGUUAUUCGGUUCUGAAUCGAUGCGACGUAGCAAGCAAUUUGGCUUGUUACGACGGCAUAGAAUACGGUCACCGAGCCGACGAGUGGAGCUCGGCUCACGAAAUGUAUAAGAAAACUAGAUCAGAAGGCUUCAACGAUGUCGUCAAGGGUCGCAUACUAGUCGGAAAUUAUUUCCUCUUGGCGGAGAAUUACCAGGAGUAUUAUGUCAAGGCGAUGAAGAUACGCAGAUUAAUUACGCAGGAUUUUGACGUUCUAUGGAACAAUAAUAUAGAUCUUUUACUCACCCCGACGACGUUAACUGAAGCUCCUAUAUACAAUGAAUUCACGCAGUUAGAUAACCAGACGCAAUGCUUGAUUCAGGAUCAUUGUACACAACCGAACAUGGCAGGUUUGCCCGCGAUCAAUGUACCGAUUAAGCUCUCUCGCAAAGGGUUACCCUUGUCCUUGCAAUUAAUAGCACCGCUCUUUCACGAGCAAAGGCUGCUUACCGUGGCAAAGUGGAUCGAACAGACGAUGCGAUUUCCAAGACUCGAAUUGAAAAAUUCAUGUUUGCUCGAAUAAAGUAAAUUUCCACACAAACAAUGUGUGGUAUCUUCUUUUAUCAAUCUCAAACUUUUUUAAAUUAAAUUUUUUAAAUAAAACUCUGUAUUCUGUAAAUUCCCAUGAUUUACGAUC